CUCGUAGGGCCUUGGGGUCUGGUGUUGUCUGCAGAAGAUCGUUGAUGAAGGCGUAGCCCUUCUCGUCCUCUGGUCGCUUCUGUUCGUCCUGAAGAACCUUUUCUAUUGCAUUAUCAAUGAACUUAUGGCAUGUUUGGCAUGUCCAGUCCUUGUUGUCCAUGGAUGCCGCUUUGACAAUGGCGCAAAAUUCGCAUAUCUUCGUCACCCGAUACCCACAAGAGCGUACAGUAUUUCCCAGCCUUGUUGCGCAUUGCUUCCGCGAUACGCUGGUCUGGAGACCAAGACUUCGCAUGGAGGCGUACCUGUCUACUCGUUAUCUUCAGCGCCCCCCUCUGCUUCUUCCUUUUCCCGACAUUUCGGAGGUGAGUCAGUUCGAGCGAUCUCGGUCCCAUCGCCUCGUCUGCCUCCGGGUCAGUCCACUUUGUUUAGCCGGGCACGGCUCACGCACCAACUUUGAAGUCGCAUUCCGUUUGUCUCCCGGUGCCUCUGCCGGUUGCCGUUGAUGAAGACGGCGGAAGAAAAGAGGAGAAGGAACGAAGGUCGAUGGAAUCACUGACCUCGUGAUCAAAGAAGUGCUUUCCGUCUACCCUUCCGUGUCCGUUAAUCCUCGGACUGCUACAAAGACUACAACCCUACCGGUCGGUGGCGGCCCAGAAGGCAG